ACAGACAUGACAGCUCCAUAUACACUUCUGCCAGUUAACACAGUUGUUAUUUUUUACGUUAUAAACAUUUGAAUGUUUAUUAUAUAAGUUGUAAAUAACUAGAGGACGUGUCAAGCGUAUCCUUUUAGAUCAGUCGAGUUGAUUUGACAGCUAUGGAGGUUGAAAACUUCGUUUCUAAGACUCUUGAGCUCCUGCAAGAAGAGAGAGAAGCAGAAUUGGAAGAAACACGAGCAUGGCAAGAGAAUUUAUCUCCCAAGAAUUUGCAGCACAAAGGAGUGUAUCUGCUGAAACUUCAGAUCGCAAGUCAGCGUACUGGCAUGUAUGGCAGACUUCUGGUCGUUUUUGAACCCAGGAAAUGUAUAGGACCCUCAAUUCUGCCUAGCAACACCUUUGGACCUGGUGAUAUUAUAGGUUUGUAUCAGUCAGAGGGUCAAGGUCAGCCAUCUCAGCUGGGUUCAGGUGUGGUGACACGUGUGACUCAAGCGUCACUGACGGUGGCAUUUGAUGAGACACAAGAUGGUAUGAACUUGGACAGAGAUGGACUUUACAAUCUAAUGAAGCUGGCAAAUGAUGUGACCUACAGGAGACUGUCAAGUGCCUUAAAGUCUUUAAAUGGAUACGGCAGUGGUCCUGCAUCUCACCUGAUCAGUGUCCUCUUUGGUUACUCAGAACCAGGGAUAUUAUCACAUCAGCAUGCACUGGAAUUUAGCAACACUGGGUUAGAUAAUUCUCAGAAAGAGGCUGUGUGCUUUGCAUUAUCUCAAAAAGAUGUUGCAAUCAUACAUGGGCCACCAGGAACUGGCAAAACCACUACAGUUGUUGAAGUAAUCCUGCAGGCAGUAAAACAGGAACAGAAGGUCCUUUGCUGUGCUCCUUCCAAUGUGGCUGUUGAUAACUUGGUGGAGCGCCUGGCAAAGAGCAAGGUCAAGGUUUUAAGAUUGGGUCACCCAGCCCGUCUGCUCGAGUCGAUUCAGAAGCACUCCCUGGAUGCCGUCCUUGCACACAGUGACAACACCAACAUCAUUUCUGAUAUUCGCAAGGACAUGGACAAAGCUUUAAAUGAAAUGAAGAAGGCUCGAGACAAAGGCCAACGGAGCAAUCUGAGACGGGAAAUCGGGGAACUGCGGCGAGAGCUGAGGACCAGGGAGGAAACUGCUAUCACUCAGAUCCUGAAAAGAGCCGAUGUUAUUCUAGCAACUAACACUGGAGCCUCUGAUGAUGGUCCUCUCAAACAUCUUCCUAAUGAUCAUUUUGACCUGGUGGUGAUAGAUGAGUGUGCUCAGGCUCUAGAGAGCAGCUGUUGGAUCGCUCUGCUCAAAGCACGCAAGUGCAUACUGGCUGGGGAUUACAAACAGCUGCCACCCACAAUCAAAUCACAGAGUGCUGCAUCUAAAGGCCUGUCUGUCAGCUUAAUGGAGAGGCUGAUAACGAAAUACGGCAACUCAGUGGUUCGAAUGUUGACCACUCAGUACCGUAUGAACAGUGCCAUCAUGCAGUGGGCUUCAGAGCAGAUGUAUGAAGGCAAACUGAUCGCACACUCUUCAGUGGAGAAACACCUGCUUAGAGACCUGGCUGGUGUCGCUGAUGUUGAAGAAACUAGAAUUCCCCUUCUGCUUAUUGACACUGCAGGCUGUGGCCUGAAUGAGAUGGAGGACACAGACGAGCAGUCCAAAGGAAAUCAAGGAGAGGUAGACAUUGUGGCUCUUCAUAUAAAGGCGCUUACCGAGGCUGGAGUUCAAGUCAAAGACAUUGCGAUUAUCGCACCCUAUAAUCUCCAGGUGGAUCUUUUGAGACAGAAACUGUCCCAUAAAUACGCAGAGCUGGAGAUCAAGUCUGUUGAUGGCUUCCAGGGCAGAGAGAAGGAGGCAGUGGUGUUGUCAUUGGUCAGAUCCAACAGGAAAGGUGAGGUUGGAUUUCUUGCUGAAGACAGAAGAAUCAAUGUGGCUGUGACUCGUGCCAGACGCCAGAUUGUGGUAGUGUGUGAUUCUCAGACUGUUCGAAACCAUGACUUCCUCAAAUCCCUAGUGGACUAUAUGUCUGAACACGGAGAAAUUCGCACUGCCUUUGAGUAUCUGGAAGACUGUGUGCCACAGAAUUACAUACGUGAUGAAAAGGACAAACAGACCAACAGCAAAGACGCUGCUUCUACAAAACAGAAGCCCAAGAACCAAGGCAAGAAGACAGAACAAGAACAGAAGAAAAGUGCAAACAACAAAAGUAAAGGAGUGAAUCUGUCCAGUGUUCAGCCUGACCAACAUAAAAACACCAGUUCACACCAUUCUAAAACCCAAGAUGCUGAACAGACACAAAACAGGAGAAAAGAAAUAAAGGACCAACUUCUGGACUUUCUGAAAGACCCAAACAAGACAGAGCUGCAGUUUCCUUCCACACUAAAUUCUCACGAGCGUCUGCUGGUCCAUGAGGUCUCUGAAGAAAUGGGACUGAGGCAUGAAAGCCAAGGACAAGGGAAACACCGUCGCAUCACUGUGUCCCGGCCAUUAUCAGUACCUGAAACGUCAGUGGAGCCUGAACAACCAGACGUGACUGCACAUACAGCAGCGAAGCUGCAAGAAGAGUUACAAAAAGGACCUUCGCAGCCAGCUGUUGAUCUGAAAAGCUUACAUUUGGAACGAAUGCGCCGGGAGCAGGAGAAACGAGAGGAGAAAAAGCAGCAAAAACAACAAAGUCUGAGACAGGAACCGGAUCACAAUACUAGUAAAAGCCAGUCUGUUAAGAAACCCAAAGGAACUUCCAAAGGAAACACUAAGAUAAAAGCAGGAGCCACAGAUAUAGCUGCAGCUGCCAUGCCAGAUGAUGAUUUUGAUGCUCUCAUCAAUGCUGUGGUUAAAGCCGAUAGCGUUUGUGGUUUUGUGAAGUGCAAAGCCAGCGUCCAGACACUAGGCCAACUCUGCCUCUAUUGUAACAGACAGUACUGUCUGAGUCACCAUAUACCUGAGGUGCACGGAUGUGGAGACAAGGCAAAAGCACAAGCUAGAAUGAGGAUAAGUAAAGAAGGAGUGCUUUACGCAGGAAGUGGACAGAAGGACAAAUCAAUGGAUCCAAACAAAAAAGCAUAUCUGCAGAGAAAACUAGACUCUAAACUCAAAGACAUGGCAUCUCAGAGAAAAACUAAAACUAAAGACAAAGAGAACUGACAUUCUAGGAGACACUAGAUCAAUCUCAUGUUGUGUGAUAUAAAUGUGAUGGUUAUUUAAUUGAUAAUAUGUAUAGAAUUAUAAAUUUCUGUGCUUUAAUUUUGAGCUGCACAAACAUUUAUGAGCCACAUAAGGCUGAGAACAGCUGCUAUUUAUUACAGAUCCACAAUGGCAUGGUUCAUUGGCAAGCAAAUCACAAAGACCAUCCAUGUUUUAUUACUCCCGACUGGCACUGUGACUGAAAAGUGGGUUUCUGAAUGUCUCGGGCUGUGCUUAAAAUACCCACCCUAAUUCUAGUCUGAAAUCCCUUUACAAGAUUUAUGUCUUGCAGAAUUAUUGUUGGGAGCUUAAGUAGUUGCUCCACUGUGUCUCUUAGUGAUUGAUGCAUUGAUUAUUAAUGUCAUAAGUAAUCUCCCAGUUAGCUCAUAAAACUCUGAAGUGCACAGGCAGAACUGAGCUUUGGCUUGGGUCCAUUUAAUACUGGAUUUUAUAUAUUUAGUCUACAUACUGCAAGUGCUCAUGUAGCUUGGUAUAUCUGUCCACAAGAGGACAUUAGAGACUCAGGUGGCAUUGUGAGCUCUGUGGAUGCAGUUAGUGGAAGAUUUGCACGGUGAACACAUUAGAAAGAGUACUUCUGGUGACAAUGUUUCUGAUAGCCAGAAAUCGUAUGACAAAAUAUUGUGUGCAACAGCUUUUGAGAGUUCGGUCUUUGCAAAGUGCUUUCAAAUUUUCCUUCAAGCUACUUAUGUGUCACUGAAUACUACAUUAAAAACAUAAAUGUUUGAUCAGAUUUGUUUGUGCAGUGCACAGUUGUUAAUGGAUUUUAAAAUGUUAUCUAAAGAUCAUUUAUAAUUAAUGAAUUUUUCAAUUUGAGAACAUGGUCUGAUUGAAACAUCUGAGCUAACAGAACUGCAAUAUUUGUAAUACUGUAAGUACAGUAGUAGUAGUUUUCUUUGGCUGUCCUAUGUGACUUCCAGAUGACUCAGGUAGAUGAUACUCUGCGCUAGAAAUGCUUAGGCCUAAAAUAGCUCUGCAAUGUUCUGAAUCAGGAAUAACCAUUUGGCUCAAGUAAAUAGUUACAAAAUGGAAAUAUCCUUAAAGAAAUAUGAAACAAGCUGUGGAUUUGCUUUUUGUAUGAUCACUGUUUCACACAGCAGUGACGUAGUUCAUUAAUGAAUAGAACAGCUGAAUUUCAACUAAAGUUUAAUGUUUUUUUUUAAAAGUUUAAUGCAAUUAUGGAUAAACAGAGCACAACUGAAAUCAGUCAAAAGUUUUUGAACAGUAAGAUUUUUAAUGUUUUUUUUUUUUAAAGAAGUCUCUUCUGCUCACCAAGCCUGCAUUUAUUUGAUUUAAAGUUCAGCAAAAACAGUAAAACUUUUAAAUAUUUUUACCAUUUAAAAUAACUGUUUUCUAUUUAAAUAUAUUUUAAUUAUAUGUAAUUUAUUCCUGUGAUUUCAAAGCUGAAUUUUUAGCAUCAUUACUCCAGUCUUGUGUCACAUGAUCCUUCAGAAAUCAUUCUAAUAUUCAGAUUUGCUGCUCAAACACAUGUAUUAGCAUGUUGAAAACAGCCAAGUAGAAUUGUUCAGGUUUCUUUGAUGAACAGAAAGUUCAGAAGAACAGCAUUUAUCUGAAAUAAAAAAAUUAUAAAUGUCUUUAUCAUCACUUUUGAUCAAUUUAAAUCAUCCUUGCUAAAUAACAGUAUUAUUUUCUGUUAUUUCUUUUUUUUUCUUAUAAAAAAUUAUAAUGAUUUUUAGCUUUUUAAUUGUAAAGUGUAUAAUGUUGAUGAAAAAUGCUGAUCUUUGGAUCUUUCUAUUCAUCAAAGAAUCCUGAAAAAAUGUACUCAACUGUUUUAAAUAUUGAUAAUAAUAGUGAAAAAUGUUUUUUUGAACAGCAAAUCAGCAUAUUAGAAUAAUUUCCUAAGGAUCAUGUGACAGUGAAGACUGGAGUAAUGGAUGCUGAAAUUUUUGUUCUGAUCACAGGAAUAAAUUACAUUUUAAAAUAUAUUUAAAUAGAAAGCAGUUAUUUUAAAUAGUAAAAAUAUUUCACUAUAUUACUGCUUUUGCUGUAUUUUGGAUCAAAUAAAUGCAAUAUAUGCAAGCCCGGAUUAACCAUACGGGCAACUGGGCAAUUGCCCAGGGGCCCACGACAUCUAAAGGGCCCAGGACAGCAAGGGCACGAGCAAAAUACUAUAUCUGUAAUCUCCCGCUUUAUAUUUAACAAACUGUCCAUCCGGGCUUUUGCGCUGCACAGAGAUAUGCUGAGCUGCCUAUGACUUUGAACGUGAGUUGAGAGCGGUUGAGAGUCAGUCUCAUGCGGACUGACCAAUGAAGAGAGGGCCUCAAGUUAAGACCCUCUCCUCAUUGGUCAGUCCGCAUGAGGUGGGUCAAAGCUUACGCCGAGCCCGAGCGCGUUACGUGACGUCAGGCGUUGCUACAACAGAAAAAAAAAAAAAAAUCAGACACAAUGGAGAAGCUAAGUGGGAGCGCGAAGCGAAAAUUAAAAAAGGAAAA